GCGGCCAAGUCUUACCGGCAGGCCGCGGACGAAUGCAAGGCGCGCGUCGCGGCCAUCGUGAAGGAGUGCGAGAGGCUCAAUCAGAAGUAUCAGGAUCGCUCGUUCGAUCUGGAUAAUGAUAUGGAUUGCAUGAAAGAACGGUCGCCUAAUUUGCAUUGCGAUGAAACAGAGGACAUUGAUUUCCCUCCCUGGGUGAAGCGCGUCGAGGACAUCUUUGACGACCCGCAUUUCUUCAUCGACGGGGCCAGCGCUGAAGAUGUCCACCAGGGCAACGAUGGAGAUUGCUGGUUCCUCGCCGCUCUCAUGGCCGUGACGGCCAAGAAAGAUCUCAUCAGUAAACUUUGCGUCGCCCGGGAUGAGAAAGUCGGAGUUUAUGGAUUUGUGUUCUUCCGAGACGGGGAAUGGAUCUCCGAAGUCAUCGACGACAAGCUCUACCUCCGCGUCCUCCUGCAAAAGGGCGGGGAGGCGCUCUACUUCAGCCACUGCAAGUCCAACGAGACAUGGCUGCCCCUGAUCGAGAAGGCCUACGCCAAAGCCCACGGCGACUACCGCGCGAUCGAAGGCGGCUGGGUGAGCGAGGGGAUCGAAGACCUCACCGGCGGCGUGGCGGUCGGGUUGAACCCCGAGGACAUCAUGGAUAAGGAUCGCUUCUGGAAGGAGCAGCUCAUGGAGGUUAACAAGAAAUAUCUCUUCGGCUGCAGUUCGCAUCUGGCCUUUCGCAAGGGCAUCUAUGAGACGCAUGCCUAUGUGGUGCUGCAGGCGUGGGAGGAGGGCGAUCUGAAGCUGGUGAAGAUUCGCAACCCUUGGGGCGAGAGGGAGUGGAUGGGCGAUUGGAGCGAUGGGGACAAACUCUGGACGGCGGAGAUGAUGACCAAGUUGAACCAUACUUUCGGUGACGACGGCGUCUUCUGGAUGACCUACAAGGACUUCCUCAAGCACUUCCGCGCCAUUUCCCGCACCCGCCUCUUCGACGAAUCCUGGAAGGUCGCCACACGCUGGACCAGCGUCAACGUCCCCUGGACCCCCGACUUCCUCGACACCAAAUUCCAAUUCACCUUGAGCAAGCCGGGCCCCGUCGUCAUCGUCCUCUCCCAACCCGACGACCGCUACUUCCGCGGUCUGACCGGCCGCUUCAUCCACCAACUGCAUUUCCGCCUACACGAGCAGAGCGCCUCUUCCGACGACGAGACCGACCCCGAGGCCGGAUGGAUCGUCCGCAGCAUGCACGCCUCGGGCAACAACCCGCGCAACACCCGCUCCGUCUCCGCCGAAGUCGAAGAUCUGCCCGCGGGGACCUACACCGUGCUGAUCAAAAUCACCACCCGGCGCUGGGACGACGACAACACCUUCGCCGAGACCAUCGCGGAGACGGCGCAGAAGCGCAAGGAGAAGCUGCUCGGCGUCGGCCGCCGCUUCGACUACGCGCAGAGCAAAGGGGACCGGCGCGGCGCCGAGCGUCGCGCCCGCCAGAUCAAGGCCAGCGAUGCCUUCGCCAAACACCUCCUCGCCCUGCGCCGGCAGCGCAAAAUCACCCGCGACAGCCGCGCCCGCAAGCGCAGACGCGACGAGCGGCGGAAGGCGGUCGAAGAGGCCUGGACU